AUCCUGUAGCCUUUUUUGGCUGAACCUGACUCUUGGACGGUGUGGUCGCCUCUGACUUGGGUGACUCGCUGCCAGAAUAGCGAUCGAUGAGUGACUUGGUCGAGUAGAAAUCAGUGCGUGUCUUGAAGGCCUCAAUCUUUUCAUGCUGCAAAGAGCGUUGUUCAACAAGCAUGGCCUCGUAACUCGCAAUUCGGCGAUUGUAGAAAGCGGAAAGGACGUAGCGCAAGCCUACAAUGAUGAAGGGGCCUACGACGGUAGGUGCAGACUCUCCUAGCCAGCGCAAGUCCUUGGGCGUGCGCCGCGCAAUAAACAGAAACCAGCCGGCAAGAUAAAUGGUGUAGAACAGGAUGAGAUAGAGUGUCAACGCACCCUUGUAGCGUCUGUGAGUCGCCCUGAGGGAUGCAAGGGUUGUUUCAUGCGCUGUGAUUUUGGAUGCGAUUGAUGCUAGCUCCUUUUCCAGUGUCUUUGCAUCGUUCUCCUUUUGAUGAUCAGCUAUUUCCUAUACCAGGCUUCUGCCUACCUUCCUGAACCACUUGAGCAUACUGCCCUGCGCGCCAAUGGAUGGUCUGGUCGUGUGGUUGCUUGGUUUCUCUUCUUUUGCGUCAUGUUCCAGCAAAACACAAAAAGAGACCGCAGCAGACCAUCACAUCAAGGCAUGGCCGCGUUCGCUGUCGACGAGGACCGCGCAGAGCUAGAGGUCCUGAAUGCCAACCUGCGCAAGACAAAUGAGAACUCAGCAAAAAUCACUGCUGUUCUGUCCGGCUUGGACGAGAGGCUUGGCCGGCUUGAGGGGACCAUGAAGCCAAUACACCGCACAACGAAGCGCUUAUGGCAGGUACAAAGCAACGUGGCGGCGACAAUUGCAGCGAUCGAAAAGACCAAGACAUAUUGGAACAUUCCCUUUGAAGAGGAAUCAACCAUCCGUGCAGGUCCAUCCACCAACCUGCAACGCUUCUUGACUUCUGUGCGGAAUCUUGAUCAGGGGAUGGUGACGCUACAGUCGGCUGAUCUGUCUUCAUCCCAGCGCAUCGUCAACAAGACACACGAGCUGCUCAAGUCUGCGACAGAACAGCUCAGAGACUACUGGCAGGCUGUUCUGAACAGCGGAUCUGUCCCUAUCGCCCCACUGACUUAUGUUUUGAAGGGCCAAGCGCCUCCAGCCUUUUCAUCCGAACAAGCUGAGCAGAUGCGCGAUAUGGCAAAAGUCGCUGCAGAGUCGAGAGGUCUUGCCUCUGUUCAAACCCAACAAACACAGUCCUUCAUCGAGAUUCGCUCUGACUAUAUCCAGCGUAGUCUGGAGACCUUCCCGCUUGCCUCGCAGCGAAGUCUCGAACUACGUACCGCUGCGCUGUAUGAUCGUGAAUUUAACGGUAUCGGCCACUACACAGAGGCGAUACUCCAGAUGACUCGUCAAGACCGCGAGCUGUGCUUGACCGUAUUUGGCGAACAGACUGGACUGGAUGUGUAUGAGCGUACGGUGGCUCCUGCCUUUUCAGAUUACUGCAGGACGUGUAAAGGUAUCACUGCGCAUGUCAAAGUACAUCUCGGACCAGAUUGUUAUCUUGGCUUUGAAGCGCUUGGACAUCUCAAACGUCUGAAUGCGACUGUAGUGGAUAUUGAGACGCCGGAGAUUGCACGUGAUUUGCAUGCGACCGUCACGUCCAUUGCAACCGUCUCUGCCGGUGCAUUCCAUGAGAUGGCAGAGGACAUGAAACGCAAAAUGGGUGCCGUCUUGGCAUUGCCAAUAGAUGGUGGCGUACUCGAUCACACAAAAGAGCUCUGCAGUCGAUUACGCAAGUGCUGCGAGUAUCCAGAGAUUGUCGCAGACUUACUCAGUGCACUCGGUGAAGGCGGCUGGCGGCGACCUGUCACGGGGCCAGUCAAGCUACCGCAUACCGAGACACCAGCUGCUGGAUUACUGCUUGACAAUUUUGCCUGUGAGUGCAUCGAUGCCAAUCUGCAGAUUCUUGAGGCAAAGGCACGCAACUUGUUGAAGCGACCGAAUCAAAUGGCCAUUUUUAUGCUCAACAAUGUGGCCUAUGUGUCGUCUACCAUCAAGCGGAGUGAAAUGCACCGAUACAUUGGAAAACGCACGCUGGCUAAACUGGAUGAAACGCACAAGCGGAUCUUCAAGGUAUACCGGGAGGCAUGUGACUUGCCUGCUCGACAGCUCAUGGAUACCACUACGAUGCUCCGUCCUGCGGACAACAAGUCAAAGGGAAGCAGUAUGACGUCGAAGGACAGGGAAGCGGUGAAGGAACGAUUUCGUCUGUUCAAUGCUGAGUUUGAGGAGCUGAUUCGAAGUAGCAAGAGCUUUACGGUGCAGGAUGCUGACUUGAAGCAGCAGCUGACGGGCGAAAUUCGGGCUGUGAUUGUGCCGCUGUAUGUGCGGUUUUAUGACAAGUAUGUUGCGAUGGACUUUGCCAAGAACAAGGACAAGUACAUCAAGUACGACAAGAGCAGCAUCGAGAAGGUGAUCUGGGAUGCCCUUGCGUAGGCCCGCUGCUGUGCUUCCAUGUAGAUUUGUGCUCCUUCUGCCUGGUUCCGGUGCUCACUCAGGGGCAGGCAAACACAACACCACACUGCACACCAUCU